UCAAUUUUUAUAUCCUAAAAUGUUAUAUAUCUCUUGAAGAAAUAUUUCAACAAUCAAUCGUCAGUUGUUCAAUUCAAGUUCAAGCGUCGCCAUGCUUUCUACAAAAUCUUUAUGUUUUUUGGUUGUUUUAGUAGCCAAUGUCGCUGCUUCAGAGAAAGGUGAAUGUGCGAAACAAUUCAACGUAGACAAACCAGACUUUGAGGAAUUAAAAAAGAAUCCAACUGAGCCUGCGGAAAAAAUGCUGUGCUUUCUCAAAUGUGAAUAUGAGGAUUCAGGAGUACUCAAUGCGGACAAAACUGUUGAUGCAGACAAACUGAUCGCUCACGUUGCAAAGUUGAAAAAUCUGGAAGAAACUACCAAGAAAAAUAUUAAGAAAUGCGUUCAAGAAAUGACAGUUCCUGUUAACAGCUGUUCAGAUAUCAAACCUUAUUAUCUCUGCGUCCACAAUGAAGGUGCUACAGGGUCAUCGUUUCCCAUUUCUAUGAUGGUUCUCAGCUAAUGCCGUAGGAUGAUUUGAAGAACUUUGAAAUUGGCAAUGACUCGUCAUUCAACAACUACACGAAUUCCUAGAAGUGCUGAUUAAUUGUUGAUACAACCUGAGUUCAAGGACUGGACACUUUUCACAUCUAAUAUAUAAACUAGAUGAAUUAUCAUCAAAUCAGACAGAACAGUCUUUUGUACAUCAUUUUCCUUGCCACUUGCCACUAGUUGAAGAUUUUCAACAGAAAGAAAGAGAAUGUACUCAAAUAACUUGUGUUGAAUAAAGAACAAAUAUUUUAGU